CUUGACUUCUCCGUCACAACAUGUUGAUACCUAUUUUUCAUAAAAUCUCCUUCCAAUGAUGCGAUCCCUUAGCUGAUAUCUCUCCAUAAUCAAUCAAAAGUGGUGAAUCAUUGCAGUAAGGAAUCUAUUGUUAAAAAUGUUGACUCCACCCACUGGUGAAGGAACUAGCGCAGGAAGACCCAAAUGAUGAGGAAUCGGAUACACUGGUAGCGCGGAUGCUGUAUGACGAGAAAGAAGGCAUGUGGGCAAAUUUAUUGUUGUGAUAGUUUGUUUGGAUCAAUAUCAGUGACCCAACAAGCUCUUUUGCUCAUGUGGGUGAAGAAAUACCUAAAGUUUCUUGAGUGAAGUGGGUUUUUGUGUUGAGUUAAAUUUGGGUUCGCGAGGAACUCAAAUCUAUCCGAAACCCAAAUCAUCUAAGUUUGUGCAAACACAGAAAAUGGGUAGAAAAAGGUAUUGGAAAAAUGCUGGGUUAAUGGGGAAUAAGAUGAACAGGGAAGGCACCUAUUUCCAAUCUAUUUGGUGUAAUUCCCUGCUGCCACCUUCCAAGGGCCGUUCUACUGUGAAAAGUUUAACAUCUAGAUUGUGGCAUAGAAAUGGAGUCCAGGAGUGAAAGCAAGAACACUUGUCAAGUGUUUUGAAAUUUGAACUAAUUAUCAACUGCUACAUCGGUUCUUGUUUCAAUUGAGAUGGUGCAGAGGAAAGUUAUAGUUGUAAUUUGUACAAAAUCAAUGCCUUUCUUCAAUAAAAGAAUAGAGAUGCA